UCACGGGCUUCACCAAACAGAAAACAUUUGGGGUCCUCUGUGCUUCACGUGUGUCUGCCAUCGUGAGAGGAAACAUGCCGAAGUCAAAGAGGGACAAGAAAAUUUCUCUAACGAAAACAGCCAAGAAAGGACUGGAGUCAAAACAGAAGUUAAUCGAGGAGUUACGGAAAUGUGUGGACACCUACAGAAACCUGUUCAUAUUCUCUGUGGCCAAUAUGAGGAAUAACAAACUGAAGGACAUCCGGACAGCGUGGAAACACAGCAGAUUCUUCUUCGGCAAAAAUAAAGUCAUGGUGGUUGCCUUGGGUAAAGGAGAAACAGACGAAUACAAAGAUAAUUUGCACAAGGUCUGCAAGUAUCUACGGGGAGAAGUGGGAGUACUAUUCACAAAUAAGACAAAGGAUGAGGUACAAGAGUAUUUCAGUCAUUUCAAAGAGAUGGAUUACGCACGGGCAGGCAACCAGGCACAGAUGGACAUAACCCUUGAUGAGGGACCCCUGGAACAGUUUCCUCACUCAAUGGAGCCCCAGUUGAGGCAACUAGGACUUCCCACCGCUCUCAAGAAAGGCAUUGUGACGCUGCUGAAGGACCAUGAAGUGUGCAAGGAGGGAGAUGUGUUGACUCCUGAGCAGGCUCGUAUCCUGAAACUAUUUGGCAUUGAGAUGGCUGAAUUCAAGGUGCAGAUCAAAUGUAUGUGGAACUCAGAAACCGGCGAGUUUGAGAACUGCGCUGGUGAUGAAGAGCCUAUGCAGGAUAAUGAGGAAGAGGAUGACGAUGAUGAUGGUGCAGAAUGAAACAUCUGCAAGUGCUUGUACACAUUGUUUUAAAGUCAUUUGACAACAUUCAACAGCAGAGGGACAUUGAUGUGCAAACCAGUCAUCCUGACUGUCAGCGCUGCCCCUGGAGUCUGUAAUCUCUUUUCGUGUCCAUUAUUCACCCCAAAACAUGAACUUCUAUGCCCACCUUGAAUUUUAGCUUUGGACUGAAUUGUUCUUCAGUAAACACUGGUGACUUAAUGAUGUUAAUGACAGCAUACGUUUUGUAUUUUGCCAUUCAGCCUAAAGAAACAGCACAUGUUAAACCAAUCCAUUUGAUGCAUUUUGUUUAUUUGGGAAAAUUAGUUAUUUUUGUUGUAACUGUUUAAUUAAGGCAGACUCCAGCAAAGGUUAUUUUCCCCUGAAAAAA